GAGCCGAGGCUGCCGGACGCGCCCCACCCGGCACCAGGCGGAGCCAGAGAUGCUGGCUACGGCCGAGCGGCCCCGCCCGGGCCCCCGGCCGCCUCCGGGCUCGCCCUUCCCGCCGCCGCCGGUGCUGCUGCUGCUGGCGAUGCUGGGCGCCCCGGUGUGCGGCCGCGUCCCCCGCUCUGUGCCCAGAACCUCACUGCCCAUCUCCGAGACUGACUCCUAUCUCACCCGGUUUGCUGCCCCACACACGUACAACUACUCUACUCUGCUUGUGGAUCCUGCUUCUCACACACUUUACGUCGGUGCUCGGGACAGCAUCUUCGCUCUGACCCUGCCCUUCACGGGAGAAAGACCCCGCAGGAUCGAUUGGACGGUGCCCGAGACUCACAGACAGAACUGUAGGAAGAAAGGCAAGAAAGAGGACGAAUGUCACAAUUUUAUCCAGAUUCUCGCCAUUGCCAAUGCUUCUCACCUCCUCACUUGUGGCACCUUCGCUUUUGAUCCGAAGUGCGGGGUUAUUGAUGUGUCCAGUUUCCAGCAGGUUGAAAAACUUGAGAGUGGCCGGGGGAAAUGUCCUUUUGAGCCAGCUCAACGGUCAGCAGCUGUAAUGGCUGGGGGCGUCCUUUACACUGCCACUGUGAAAAACUUCCUGGGGACGGAGCCGAUUAUCUCCCGAGCUGUGGGUCGUGCUGAGGACUGGAUUCGAACAGAGACCUUGUCAUCCUGGCUUAAUGCCCCGGCCUUUGUCGCUGCCAUGGUCCUGAGCCCGGCUGAGUUGGGGGAUGAGGAAGGAGACGAUGAAGUCUUCUUCUUCUUCACGGAGACCUCCCGGGUGUUGGACUCCUAUGAGCGCAUCAAGGUCCCUCGAGUGGCCCGCGUGUGCGCGGGGGACCUUGGGGGCCGGAAGACCCUUCAGCAGAGAUGGACAACGUUUCUGAAGGCUGACCUGCUGUGUCCAGGGCCUGAGCAUGGCCGGGCCUCCGGGGUCCUGCAGGAUAUGACGGAGCUUCGACCUCAACCUGAAGCGGGGACCCCCAUCUUUUAUGGCAUCUUUUCCUCCCAGUGGGAAGGAGCUGCCAUCUCUGCUGUGUGUGCCUUCCGACCCCAAGACAUCCGAGCAGUGAUGAACGGUCCCUUUAGAGAGCUAAAACACGACUGCAACAGGGGGCUACCUGUCAUGGACAACGAGGUGCCCCAGCCCAGACCUGGAGAGUGUAUCACCAACAACAUGAAGCUCCAGCAGGUUGGGUCCUCCCUCUCCCUGCCGGACCGUGUGCUCACCUUCAUCAGAGACCACCCUCUCAUGGACAGGCCAGUGUUUCCCGUGGAUGGCCGCCCCCUGCUGGUCACUACGGAUACAGCCUAUCUCAGAGUUGUGGCUCACAGGGUGACCAGCCUCUCAGGGAAAGAAUAUGACGUGCUGUACCUUGGGACAGAGGAUGGCCACCUCCACCGGGCUGUGCGCAUUGGAGCUCAGCUCAGCGUCUUGGAGGAUCUGGCCUUGUUCCCAGAACCACAGCCAGUUGAGAGCAUGAAGAUGUACCGUGGUUGGCUCCUAGUGGGCUCCCACACUGAGGUGACCCAAGUGAGUACCAUCGACUGUGGCCGUCUCCAGAGCUGCUCGGAGUGUAUCCUGGCCCAGGAUCCUGUGUGUGCCUGGAGCUUCCGGCUUGAUGCUUGUGUGGCCCAUACAGGGGAGCACCGUGGGAUGGUCCAAGACAUAGAGUCAGCGGAUGUCUCUUCUUUGUGUCCGAAAGAACCUGGAGAACAGCCGGUAGUGUUUGAAGUUCCGGUGGCUGCUGCGGGCCAUGUGGUCCUGCCGUGUGCCCCCAGUUCCGCCUGGGCAUCCUGUGUGUGGCACCAGCCCAGCGGAGUGACUGCACUCGCCCCCCGGAGGGAUGGGCUAGAGGUGGUGGUGACCCCAGGGGCCAUGGGUGCUUAUGCUUGUGAGUGUCAGGAGGGCGGAGCAGCUCGUGUGGUGGCUGCUUACAGCUUGGUGUGGGGCAGCCAGCGGGGCCCCUCCAACCGGGCGCACACAGUGGUGGGGGCUGGACUAGUUGGCUUUUUCCUUGGGGUUCUUGCAGCAUCCCUCACUCUCCUCCUGAUUGGUCGCCGUCAGCAGCGUCGGCGACAGAGGGAACUUCUGGCUAGAGACAAGGUGGGCUUGGACCUGGGAGCUCCACCUUCUGGGACCACAAGCUAUAGCCAAGACCCUCCCUCUCCUUCUCCUGAAGAUGAGCGGCUGCCCCUGGCCCUGGGCAAGAGGGGCAGUGGUUUUGGUGGCUUCCCUCCACCCUUCCUGCUUGACUCUUGCCCGAGCCCCGCCCACAUCCGGCUCACUGGAGCUCCUCUAGCCACGUGUGAUGAGACAUCCAUUUAGAGCCAGGAAAAUGAGCGGAUCACUGGAGCUAGCAGCUACUGAGACCAGGGUCACUGGACCUGGGAGAUGAUCAUGACUGCUCAGUUCUCGUGGUUUCUGUGUGGUCACCUGGACCGCAGUGUCUGUUUUCUGAGUGUGGAUGGGCUGAGGGCCAGGCCUUUGUGGGAUUCUCAUGAGAGAU